GCUAGGAUAACGCUCUCUGCUUGUGACCGCAACGUAAAGCGUGAAGCGUAGGGAUCGUGCAGCAGUAUCGUGCAUUUCGCUUAGGGGUUUGCGAGUUUCCCAACAGUCUAGAUUUUGUGUACGAAGCUUAUCUCCGUCGCUUGUGCUUUCAGCGGCAAGUUCGGGAGUCGCCGAUUAAAGAGCACAUUUGUACAAUGCGGCUUUACUUCUCAGUCCCCGCCGUACGACGAAUACCUGCUCGACUCCGUUUCUCCCGCUUAUCCUCCGAAAUCGACGCAGCCGAAAGCCUCGUUUGCAGCAUCUUAUGAACUACCUCCGGCUUAUCGUCGUUUCCCGGAAGGACGCUAGUGAACAUUGUGAUGGACGGCGUAGACCUCCCAUGGCCGUCAAUGCCACUCCAUAGAUCUCGCCGGUCGUUGCGGAAAGAGCUUCGCUUGAGCUCUCUCUCUCUCUCUCUGUGUAAACGGCGUUACAAUGCUCAAACCACCGUUCCUCGUCUCUGACGUCACCGUCUGACGUCACCAUCUGACGUCACCACCUCCCUGCCUUACCAUCCUACCUUGCUCGUAGUAGCUGCUUCUCCCAUUUUCUGCAGCUUCGCUAGUGCAGCCAUGCGUCGAUCACCUCGCUCGUAAACUGGUCGACGUCAUCGUCAUCGUCAUCGUCAUCGUCAUCGUCGACGUUCCUUCGUUGUUUCCUCGGAAGUUCUCGUAUUGGUUGACUAGCUGCCGCUACGCCUGUCCUCCGCUCAUUUCCUUUACCCUCUGUAAACCCACCAAAGCGCGUUUGCAUGACACGCGCGUUACUAUCACAAGCGCGCAAGACCCCCCAACCAUGUACAGGAACAUCAACCAGCUCCUCACCCCAGUCGCCAGCGCCGCCCGCGGGGCUCCGCGCACGAGGCGGAUGGCGGAGAGUCUCCGGGCGGGGGGGGAGCGGAUGAGGCGGAGGGGGAAAGCGGCGGUGGAAGCAGUAGUGCGCGGAGUGGCAUUCCCCCGCUUAGCGACCAGAAACAACGGCACCGAAGCACCGUUACCUCCUCGUCCUCCUCCCCUGCAUCUGGUUCGCAUAGUAACAGCAACGGUGGCAGCGGCGGAAGCAGUAAACACAGCACCAGCAGCAACAGCAGCAACAGCAGCAACAGUAGGCGCAUCGGCACUCCGCUCCCCGCGCCCUCCAGCCCCGGCUGGCGCAUGCCUGGGGGGGGCCUAAUGAGCCCCGGGCGCGGGGGAAGCAAGGCAGCGGGAGGGGGCGGAGGAGAUUCCGGAAAAUGGUCGUUCGGGCUUCAGGAGUCGUCCCCCCUGCGACUAGGCUCGCCGUCCCUGAUAGGUCUAGGCGACGGGCAGCUGAAAAAGAUGGUCAAAAGAAUGUUCCCGCCGAAUCCCGGGGGCGGCUUUAAGGGGUUCUGGGGCGUGGGAGGCGGGGGUGGGGGGAGCCUGGGGAGUGGAGGAGGAGGAGGGGGAGGCGGGGGGGGGAGCGUGAAGACGGAAGUAUUGGCGUUCGAGAUAGGGAGUGUGAUGAGACGGUCGUUAGAGAUAUACGACUCCAUGGGGGAGAAGACCCUCGCCUCCCUGCGAUCCAACCUCCAGGCACCUGGCGUCGUCACCCUCGUCUCCAGCGACCUCAGACUGCUAUGGAACCUCGCAGGCGUGGAGAAGCUGUUGGAGCUGCAGCGCGUGGCGGCGCGCGUGGCGGUGCUGGGGCGGAAGUGGCCGCAGUGCACGCUGCACACGCUGGGCGACCUCUUCCCGCUGCUGCACUGCCCCGACUCCGACCUCUCGACUUCGCCGUCUCGCCCACCGAGGCAGACGCGCUCAUCAAGAGUACGGCGAGUGGAACAAGCUGCAGGACAUGGUGGCGCAGGUACCUUCUAGUCUCGCAAGUCCAACUGCUAGUGGCGGCCCUCUGCAUGAUCCGCCGCCGCAUCUUCUCCUCCUUCGGUCCUC